AUGACUUUCGCUUUUCGCCUCAAUUGGUGGGUGCAUCGACACAUUUCCAUCAAUGGGGAUGAUGGAUGGACGAAGACUCUCAUCUUUUCUAUGCAUGCUACUACCUGUUGAGUAAUAGUUCUGCGUGUCCAUCACGGUCCUACUUCUUUGGCUUGAUGCAGAACACAGAGACGAACAGGACCAAAGAUUAUCUUGGUUCUGUCCGUUCAAGGCUUCUCCGAGAUACGCGGAGAGGAUUGUUCAUUGCUCAUUAUUUCAUCUCUUGACCUUGCUUCGCUGCCAGUACACGACACUAAUACACUAAUACACUACGAGACUAUGAACAUGGCCAUGACGGUUGCACCCUUACUUUUGUGCUCGAACACUCCACCCACAGAGCGUAGGUUAUCGGCAGCUCUACUAGGAGAGAAAGAGGAAGGAAUGCUCUUGCUCCCACCACUCCACAUGCCAAUGUUUGCACUGAAAGAAGUUGAGUCUAGUACUAGUAUCAAACUUGCCGAUAGAGGAACAUAUGUAUCCAAGGCAGUGUCCAUACAAAAGGAACAGGCCAUAGAUAAGCACCAUGCGGCUCGGGUCAUCCAAAGGUGCUUUCGCGGAUACCUGCAAGCUUACCAAAGGCAAGAACAAGCCUUACGGGCAAAGUUGCAGGCAAUCCAACUGCAAACACAAUCCGAUCUAGAGCGCAUUGCAGUUCAAAAGGAGAGAAGAAAGAUUGAACUGCUUCUGGAAGUAGGCAUGGAAUCACGAGGAGAGUUGGCGGUGGAGAUUCAGCAUUCCGAGCAAGUCCUUCAAGAGUCCCGUGAGAGCAUUGACGAGCUUACGUGCCGUCUCAAAUUGUUCAAAAAGAGCAAUGCGUUUCUGCAAAGACGAUGCAAAGCUCUCAAAAGAAGGAAUCGACAGCUGCGAUUGGAACGAAGGAAACAAUCACAGCUGAAAAAGAAGGCCAGACUAGAAAGGGGAAAGAUGGAAGAAGGUCAAGUCAUAUUGACGCACUACCAGAAUCGUGUCUGCGAAGAGACAGCACGGGUGCAAGAGGUGAAUGCACAAUUGGACUGCUGUAAAAGUGGCAACCGACGCAUCCGGCAAGUAAUGGGGAGAAUGGUGCGAUUGGUAGAAGAACGAGAAGAAGAAGAAGAUGUCGACAAGUGGGAUCUUGUCGACAAACUGUAUCAGAUACAGAGGGACACGCAACAGAAGCGAAGGUCCUACAAUACUCCUAUCCUUUCCUGUGGUAGAGGUCACAAACGUGUACACUCCCUGCCUACGGACAUGAAGCGAGCAUUAGCUGACUGCCCAAAUAUGGCGACAACGUCUCAAUAGCAUUCCAUUGGUGCUGCAAAACAGCAUCUGUAACACGACUAGCUAGUCACCUCAUCUCCUCAUCUUCUAACUAGCCAAUAAUAGCCUACCGUA